AGCCCCUCGCGGUUUUCAUCUCAAAGCCCAUUUGCUAUUGUACCUGCCCAAUAGCAGAGACAGAGCGCGUUUAAACUCGGGUGGUAUUUUUGAUUUCAUCACUACAAUCCGACGCAAGUUUGAGGCUGUGAUCCCUCGCGCUCUCAGUCUUGAUCAUCACCGCGAGCUGGACUCAGAUCGGCGACUUUCUUAUUCUGUCUGUCUCUCUUUUUAUGACUUUUACAUAGACUACAAAACAAUUUGUUCUUUUUCAGGAGUUUUUGCUUCCUGUGAUAAGUUUUGAUGGUGAUCCACUUUGGACAGUAAACGGUGAUGGCAGACUCUGAUGCGCAAGAGACUCGCCAACAAGCCAAAGACUCCCCUUUUUCCAUCAAGAACCUUCUGAACAUUGAAGACAAACCCACAAAGCCGAAAAGCCUCCUCACCUCGUCCAAAGGAGUUUUUGAAGGCAGCUUUUCUCGGCUCGGGGAAUUAUCUUUCCCUCGGUUCGAGUUGCCUGCACAGAGAAUCGGACUAUCAGCUCAGUAUUUGGAGAGAGCGUCCACCUGGUGGUACCCUUACACACUCGGGGCUCAUCUAAGGACUGCAGGCUCUGAAAGGGCCAACCUGAGGGAAACAUCACCAGCCCCGGAGAGACGUUCCCCUGAUCUCCAAAAAAGUGACCAAGAUGCCAAAGAGGAAAGCGCCGACGAAGACAUCACUCUGGAUGAAAGUGACUCAGAAGAGCCAAAGAAAGAAACAGACCAGGAGGACGAGUGGAGGAGGAAAACGGACGAGCUUGACUCGGACAGGAAGCCUUGUCGAAAGAAGAAGACUCGCACGGUGUUCUCGAGGAGCCAGGUGUUCCAGCUGGAGUCCACCUUCGACAUAAAGCGCUACCUGAGCAGCUCGGAGCGGGCCGGCCUGGCUGCGUCGUUACACCUGACAGAGACACAGGUGAAGAUCUGGUUUCAGAACCGGAGGAAUAAGUGGAAAAGGCAGCUGGCCGCGGAGUUGGAGGCGGCCAACCUGAGCCAUGCGGCGGCGCAGAGGAUUGUGCGGGUUCCAAUACUUUACCACGAGAACGGAGCCUCCGAGGCGACCGGGGGCCCCGCUUCUAACUCACCGAGCAGCCAGUCUCUUCUGGCUUUUCCCCACCACAUGUACUAUUCCCACCCGGUGCCUCUGCUGAGGCCUGUUUAACGCUGACUGCGUCAUUACGCACUGUGUACAUGUUUUUAAAUGAGCGAACACUGGGAAAAUUACAAUUUCGUAAAUUUUGUAUAUUUGAGGACACAAUGCUACAUAUUAUUAUUAUUGUUAUUAUUAUUGUUAUUAUUAUUAUUAUUAUUAUUAGGCUAUUACAUGUAAACAACCGUUAUCCUGCUAAAGCGUCUUUGAGAAGGACCAAUAAGGAUUCAAUUAGUGUUAUAGGAGGGACAUUUUAAAUUAUAUUAUUUUUAUUGGUGAAAUCGUGAUGAGCUCAAAAAUUGUUAAAUAGCCUAUAUUUGAGUGUUUCAGUUUUGAAAGAAAUGACUUGUCUUAAACAGGGUUAAUUGUGUAUAUGUAUUUCACAGAGAUUUGUGUCAGUGUUUGUAACGAAAAAAUAUUAAAUUUAAUAUUUUGAUAUUUUACAAUAGUGUGCAAUACAGUUGGCUUAAGGCUACCAGCCUGUGUAACAUAUAGUUUCAGUUGUCAAUAAAAUAAACCUUUCCCUUUGUUAUAGUGAGGACAAUCAUGUGAUCCUUAAGAAAAUACCCAAAAAGCUGCAGGUAAUAGACUAAAUUGUUUUUAUGACGCCAUCAUGUGUUGUCGUUACUUUCAAAGCCAUGAAAGAGCCAAAAGAUAAGCCUCUGUUUGUGUAUGUUUUUUUUCUCUCUGAUAUUGUUAUUAAAAAUCUGUAUAUUA